AUGGCGCGGCAAAGCGAUCGUUGUGCGAGUGCAAAGGAGCCACGGUACCGAACAGCCGUCAACAUGUCAACACAGUAUGAGCGGCGCACGGCGGUGUCACCUUUCAGAUCGCUUCCGGAGUUGCACCCGCACGAGGUUGAGCUGAGAGUGUCCGUCAAGGACCUGUCUCGAGAUGUGGCUCCGGAGAAGUUCCGAUCCAAAGCCAAGAGCGUGGGGGGUUUCGUUUUCGGGCUCCUGGUCUUCCCCCAGGGCACCAAGAGUGCUCCGGAGCACGCGCGGAAGAACCGGCCAGGGAAAGGGAAGGAAGAGGACCUGGACACAGACAAAGCCAAGGCACGACGGAGGGACACUCAGAAAACGGAGAAGGAGAAGCUGAAAGCAGCCCUUCUGAAGGAGGUCCCAAAAGAGAAGGAGAGGGAUAAGGAAAACGAGAAGGACGGCAACAAGGAUGGCGAUGGGAAGGAGGACAAAAAAGACACGCGCUGGAUUUCCGCGUUCGUGGAAGCACGGCCCAGUGAAGACUACCCUCCUCACUGGUACUUCGAAGAUGUCCAAUUUCUGGUGUCGCUCAUCAACUUCCAGGACUUGAAGAAAUCGAUCGUGAAGCAUGACAAGCACACCUUCUCGCCGGUAGAAUCCUCUGAUGGCAAGGCGAUUGACCGCGGCUGGCACGACUUUGUUCACUGCGAUGAAGCGACGCUGCGCAACAGUGGCUUCGUCGACAAGGACGACACCGUGUGCUUCCGUGCGUCCGUGUACUUGGCUGGGGGAGCGAUGAAGGUGAACUCGAAGACCAAGUCGCGGUACAUGAGCCUCAGCAAAAUCGAUCCCGGCUCCUACGAGCGAGCGCCGCAGUUCCUGAACAGCCUCGUGCAGAUUUGGUACCACCUGGGCUACUUCCGUUCGGCCAUCUACAGCGCCUCGAAUCCCCUCUCGGCGGGAGCCAAGAAGAGCCGGGUGCUGCCGGCUUUGCGGGAGAUCUUCGUGCGCCUCCAGCACCGGACGCUUCCGGCCAGCUGCUCCGUGCUCUGCGCGGCCUUUGGGCGGAAGGGCUGGCAGAAGAUCUGCAAGGCGGAUCCCGACGUCUUCUGUUCGGAGGUCUUCCAGUGCCUGGAGUCGGAGCUCAUGCCCUCGCAGGAGAUGCUCAAGGCCGAGGAGGCGGCCGUGAAGGCCAAAGCGAAAGGCCAGGGCCAGGGCCAAAGCGGCCAAGGCGGCCAAGGCGGCAGUGGCGGCCCGGGCGGCCAAAGCCAAAGCCAAGGAGGCCCAGGCCCAGGCCAAAGCAAGGCCCAAGCCGGCUCCGUUCCGGCCGCCAACGGACACCGCACGGCGGGAAUGGAGGUUCCGGCGGAGAACCGCACGCUCUGGCAGUGCAUCCAGGACAUGUUCACCUUCGAGGUGGAGUGGGCGGCCUCGGCAGUGGAAGGGGACUUCUCGGACAGCUGCUUGCACACGGGGCCCUGCUUCACCCUCGUGGUGCGAGGCUUCGCCAACUUGGAGGAAACCUUGGACCAGUACUUCUCCCCCAAAGUCAUCGAGGAUGGCUCCGGCCUUCGCGUGCGCACGACACGGAAGUUCAAACGGAUGCCAUCGGUCUUGCAGUGGUACUUGAAGCGUGGCGACUACGACUGCUGCACGGGGCUUUCGGGUCUCACAGAGACGUUCAUGCGCUUUCCGCGUCAAAUCGACAUGGGAAAGUAUGCAGAAGGAGGUGCGCUGUACCAUCUUUAUGCGAUCAUGGUCGAAUGUGAUGACCACUACCUGUCUUACAUCCGGCCCGAGAUGGAAGGUGACCGGGGGCAGUGGUACCGCUUCGACGACCGUGAGGCGGGGUCAGCAGUCUGCGGCGUGUCCAAUGCCACAGCCGUGGAUGCUUCCUUCGGCGGCGAAGAGUGGCUCUGCGUGAACUACCUCUACGGCCCUUCUGCUGUGCUGAAGCGGCCGCGAGAAUCCCGGGCCUCGAUGCUGCUUUACCUCAAGGAUAGCGAGCUGCAGCAGCUGCUUCGCGAGCCCAAACUCCCAAAGCUGUGUCCGGAGUUGCAGAUGCCCCUUCAGCGCGGAGAGCACCUGCAGGCGGGUAGCGUGGAGUUGGAGGCUGCGGCGGCUGCAGAAGCCGAGCUGCUGAACGACCUCCAUGUAGAGCAACUGAAGGAGGUGAAGAAGAAGAAGGCAAAGCAGAAAAAGAAGCAGAAAGAGAAGGAAAGGAAGCACCAGGUUCGGCCUGGUGAGGAGCCGGGGGGCUUCGAGCCGGUCCGUGACGAGCGGGAGGAGGACAGCGAGGACGACGAGGAAGCGAUUUCGGAGCCUCCCAUGGAGGCCCCGGAGAAAGAGGUGGACUCCGACGAAGAAGGUUUCGAGGAAGUUCUGCGAGUGGCCCGCGGAAAGAAGCGCGGGAGCAAGAGCCAGAGCAACUGCGGAGCCCUUCUGGCGGGGCAAGGCGAGGCGAGUGGCAGCCGCGCCUCCAGUGCAGGGCGCGCGCCGGCGCCCAGCGAGGAGAAGAACGAGGAGGAGCUCCCUUCGCGGACCCCUUCGGCGCCAGAGCCGGCGGAGGCCUCGGAGCCCUUGGCGGAGGAGCCGCAGGAGCCCGAGCAGGCGCGGAAGAAGAAGGGCAAGCAGAAGAAGAGGAAGGAGAGGGAACGAGAACGAAGACCCCAGGCCGAGGAGAGGACCGAGAGGAGGGACAGCGAGGAGCCAGUGAAAAUCGCAGUGGCGCUGAGCAAGGCUCCCCAGGCGCCGGCGAAGACUUUGGAAGAGGCUCGAGUGUGGGACUCCAAAGAAGGCCCUGCAGGACUUGAUCAAAGCUUCACGUCCUGCACGAGAUCUUCGGCGAGAUCUUCAAGCAGUACGCGAGGAGAGUCGGUGGAGGUGAACGGAGACGGCGGUGAUGGGCCACUCUCGGCGAGGGAGCUCGGCCAAAGCCCGGCGAGGGAGCUCGCCAGGGUGGCGGCCACGCCUCCGCCGAACACCGCGGUUCCUUCCAGAGAGCCGAACAAUCGGCGUCCCACGGAGACGUCGAGCCCCGGGAGCAUUUCCACGGGCCUCUUCCAGGCAGACCGCCAGUGGGAGGCCCUGGAGGGUGGCACAUUGGCGGUUCAGCGUGGCACCUGCGUUUGGGUGCUGCAGCUGGAUCCCAACAGCGACUGGGCCCUAGGGCAAGUUUUCAAGGACUGGUCGAUGCAGAGCGACGCUGGCUGGGUCCCUCGCUGCGUGCUGACGCUGGCGCUCUUCCGGGUGUACAGUCCCUACGACUCCUCGGAGCAUGCGGAGGUCCAAGCUUUGGCCUUGAAGCCCGGCGACCUCGUGACAGUGCAAAGCUUCGGCAACGGCUGGAGCUACGGCAACCGCGUGGGGCGGGGGCCCCGGAGCCGAGAGACAAGGGCGCAGGCCGCAGGGUGCAUGCGGAGCCCGCAGAGGACCCAGCUCGAGGAGUGCUUCGGGGAGUUCGGGGAAGUCCUCGAAGUCUUCAUCAUCGCCUCCCAGGUGCGACCUGCGCAUCGUGCGGGCCUCGGGGUGGCCAGCAUUCGGAGGAUCCAGGCGGCUGAGGAGGCAAUCACGGAGCUCCACGAGCAGCGAGUGCUGAUCCCGGAGCAGGCAGACUUGGGGCCGAUGCAGGUCGCGUUCGCCAAGGGUGAGGCGAUCCGCCUCGGUCUUGACGAGAAGGAGGAGAUUUUGCCAAGCUUCAAAGAAGCACGACAAAAGGUGGUGGAGCACCAGGAGAAGAAGCACUUCUUCGAGAAGAUGCAGAAGCAGCAAGAGGAGCAGGCCAAGAUUGUGGAGUAUCAGCAUGCGUUGAUGAUGCAACACCAGGCCAUGCUGCAGCAGAUUCAGGAGAAGCCUCGGGAGGAUCUCGUCACCAUCGUAAAGGAUGGCCAAAGAAAUGGCGGUCAGCCUUUCAAGCAGAGGUGGUGGAGCUUCUGCGAUGCCGGAUGGUCGGGCUGCCGGGACUACGACCCCAACCACCACGGCAAGGAGGCCUUAGCCCACUUCGUCUCUGCUUGGAGUCGCCAGCACCGAGUACGGCCCUGGCUCUCAGCACUCUCAGCUCUCUUCUCGAGCUGUGGAGCUGUCGGGCUCAGAGGUCACGAGCAGUGGUUCAAGUCUCGAUUCCCAAAGCUUCCAGCUCUGCCUGAGAAGCCGAAGGGAAUGCCAGAGCCAGGAAGGGGUGGAGGGAAGAGCUGGAAGGAAGAUUCAGUGACAGUCGGAGUGGCCAGGAUCUCCGGGCCUGAUGCCGUCCUCGUCCCAGCUACGGGUCUCCACCAAAUCUUAGAGAAGUGGCACGAGCUCCGCCACAUCCUGGAGGGCCCCCGCACGGGCCCCCGCACGGGCCCCCGCACGGGCCACCCGGAAGCGGCUUGGGUCCCCGCCCUCCCAUGGCAAUGGGAGGCCCGGGCCCAAUCCCUCCUGGCCCUCCGGGACUGCCACCGCAUCUGCCACCGCAUCUCGGGCCGCCGCCGGGAAUGCCACUGCCCGGAAUGCCGGGCUCUCAAAUUCUCCAACCUAAAGGACCCUCAGCCUCAGCUCAGAGCAGAACUUGGACUCUCCAAGGCCCGGACCCUUCGGACCGCCGCCCGGCGUGCCGCUCCUGCCAGGGCGGGGGCCUUCCUGUACGUGCACACACGUCGCUCUUUGCUGUUUUAUCGGGAGGAUGCCGCCGCCCUUCCCGCUGAUGCAUCCUCCCCCAGGUCCGUCCAUGCACAAUCAUGA